AAACAUCUCGUUGGCCUCACUUCAGAAAACAGUUGAGGAUUUUCACGUGCCUUGCCGUUAACUUGUCCACUCGUCAGCCCGAGUCUGCUAGCAACCGUCAGUCUCUCCUUUUCCACUUUUUCAAGUUAGGCGGGAGGCGUGCGGUGGUCCUAGACAGAUAAUUUUACUUCAGCACUUCCCUCUCUUGUAAGAAGUUCUAGCAAGCCACAUACGAAAGGUCUUCGUGCAUAGCUUUACGCCUUUUUUUAAUAUCGUCCUGCAACGUUACUUUCAGCCGCUCGAGAAACAGCCGGACACCCUCUUCCUUGGAUAGUCUCAAUUCCCGCCUACACCCUGUGUCAUAUCCCCCCUCUUCGUCCUCGCCGUUUUAAGUACAGCCUUGUCUAACACAUAGUUCUUCCGAAGUCUUUUGCUACUUCCGUAGCUCUUCGGAAAUCUUAGCCAGGUAGUUAUCAACCAACUGUGACCGUCAGUUGCGCCUGAGUUGGCGCGAAAAUGGCGGCUGUUGAUUGGCUACGGCAUGAGUCCGCCUUUCGGCGGCCUCCCGCUCCUUCCAGUCCCUCGCCGCGCGUCUCCUACCCGCAAGAAUUCAUCUGCCCGCUCUCCAACGAGGUGAUGCGCGACCCCGUUAUAAUCAGCUCCGGUAAAAGCUUCGAGCGCGUCUACAUCGAGCGCUGGUUCGCGCAAGGAAGAGCCACGUGUCCCAAAACCGGCCUGCCGCUCGCGCACCAGAUGCUCACUCCCAACGACGCGCUUCAAAAGCUCAUCUCUGAUUGGUGUAAAUCUCACAUGAUCACUCUCAAGCCGCUCCGUCCAUCGAGCCCGCUGACGUCAGCCGGGGACAACUCGCGCGACCCGUCAGUUCCGCCGUCCCCCGCUUCCGGAGAGACGUUUGAUCUCGCGAAGGCUCGGGCAGCAGCAGCAGCGGAUCGCGCAGCCGCAGGUUCCGCCGGGAGUUCCGCCGCAGCCGCCGCCGCAGGAGUCGGCUCCGCGUCGUCAAGAAUCUCCCCGCAGUCGGUGCUAGAGCGGCGUCACUCUCUGCAGUCUGAUAGGGACGGCGGUUCGUCUACGAGCGGCUCGGCUUCAGGAGGCUCGGGCCCUGCCGCAGUAGAGACGCCUAAGAAACCGGCGACUUCCGCCGCCUCUGCCGUUUCCGCCGCAUCCAACAUGCCACCAGCCAUUCCGAAGCAUCUCCGGCCAAACGCGAACGACGGGCCCCUCGAACGGACGAUGUCGCCUCGCAGGCGGGGCGACCAGUCGCCUGCGACUCCGUGCAACAACUCGGCGAGCCCGAAGGUGCUGUCGCGGAAUCGCAGCGACCCGUGGGCGGCGUCCAACGACGAGGACGCGAAGAACGACGAAGCGCUCGGGUCGUUUCUGGCGGGAAACGUGGCGGGGGCGAGGUCUCAGCGUCAGGGCUCGCGCCGCGGAGCCGCGUCGCCGGAAGAGGUGGUGCCGUAUUCGAAGCAGAUCCUAAGCUCGACGCCGACUCGGCGAAGCAGGCGCACGAGCGAGCAGGGCUCAGUCACUGAAAUGCGACCGUUGAUCGACGCCCUAAGAACCGGCGACGUCGCACAGCGUCGCGAGGCGGUCCAUGCGAUGAGGCUCGCGCUGAAGGAGGCGCCGGAGAAUCGCACGCGACUGGUCGCCGCGGGCGGCAUCCGACCGUUGAUGCAGAUGCUGCUGUCAACGGACGGUCCGAUCGUCGAGCAAGCGUCGGCGGCGACGCUGUACCUCUCCCUCCAGUGGGACGGCGCCAUGGAAGUAGUGUCCGCCGGCGGCGUUAGGAACCUCGUCGAGGUUGUAAAGACAUCGCGCGGCGGAUUGUGCUUGACCCCGAGGGGGGCUAAUGUCGGAACCCCCGAUACAAGCAACGGUUUGUUGCUGAGCCCCGGACCUGGAGGGGCGUUCGAGGCAACGGAGGUCGCGAAAUCGAACGCUGCGGCGGCGCUGUUCGCGCUAUCGAACGCGGAGGAGAACAAGAAGGUUGUCUGGUCGGCUGGUGCUGUUCCGCCGCUGAUUAAUCUCCUCCGAAAGGCGACGUGCAUGCGGACCAAAAAAGAUUGCUGCCUCGCGCUUUACAACCUGGCUUUGUUUCCGAAAGCUGCGGAAGACGCGAUUAAGCACGGGCUGGUUCGGCAGGUUUUUGCGCUGCUGGAAGGGGAGGAAGAGCCGGGAGUGGAGGAAAAAGCGGCGGUGCUUCUUUGCGCGUUAGCUAAAUACCCGCAGGGUAUCUACGCGCUGAAAAAAGAGGAGGAGGUGGAAUUUACCCUGAUUGGGGUAAUGGAAUCUGGGUCAGAAAAAGCGGCGGAGCUUUCGGCGGGGACGCUACUUUCAUUGGCGAAAGCCGAUGGCGAAGAGGCGAUGAGUGAAAUGCUCGGCGAAGGCUGCUUGCCGCCGUUGGUGAAACUCGCGGGGAACAGCAAGCCCGGUUCGGAUUCGCGAGCGUUGCUGGCGAUGCUUCGCGAGUUCGCCCAGAUCAGGUCGGGAAACAGUAGCAGUGUAGCUGGCAGCCAGCCUGGCACGCCCAUGGCAGGGAGCAGGCCAACCACACCUCUGGGCCGCGGAAUGAGAUGACCGAUGGGCCGAGGAGCCGGGAGUGGGAGAAGCGGCAGGAUGCGGCACCAAGGGGUUGGGAAGGGUUGAGAGGACUGGGGCAGAAAAAAUGGGAAGGUUGAAGGCUUUCAUGUUUCACACAUGGAAGCAGGGUGAGGGAAGUUCGGAAAGGAGGUGCUGGAGCUUGGAUGUGAAGACUGCACCUGAGUUUCGGCCUGGAAUAGCUGCAUGGGACAAAUUAGGAGGGGAACAUGAGGGGUAAAGGGGGGGCAAAGGAGGGGGAAAGGAGAGGGGAAGGAGGGUACAAAGCUGGGUGGGGCAGGGAUUGCCUAGGAAUAAUUUCUGUUGCAAUGGUCAAGGGAAGAGGAAUUUAGCAGCCUGGGUGCAUUUCUGAUAUGAACCACAUUUGCUUUGAACUAUGCGCAGGGCAUCUCUCUAGCUAAAUUGCAGGGCUACUCUAAUCGUCAGUAAAUGUUAGAUUUUCAAUACAAUUUUCUUUCCUGG